AUGGCAACCGCGUCGAAGAUUGCACCUCGCACCACUAUCAUCGAUAAUGUGGUGCGUUACCCAGCAUCAGGCCUUGAUGUCUUGAUUGUUGGAGCUGGCCCAGGCGGGCUCAUGACGGCGCUCGAGUGCUGGAGGAAAGGGCAUAAUGUCACUGUCCUGGAACGAGCAGAGCGUAUCUCGACAAUUGGUGAUGUGGUCGCUAUCAACCCCUCUGCCUGGGCUACCAUGCACUACUAUCCCACGAUGCUGCAAGAGUACUUGGAGGUGUCAAUCGACGCGCCCAGAGCGUUUCACCAUCUUGAUGGCCGACAAGCCAUUCCUGGCGUUGAGUUCGAGUUCAACAUGGAUGAGGCCGCCGAGCAUGCGGCGUUCCCCGUCCGUAUCGGUGCCUUGAUGUCCCGAGCGGAGAUGGCCGACCUCCUCUUGAACCAGUGUGCAAGACUAGGGAUCCGCAUCUCCUGGAACACCCACAUCGUCGACUUUGACGAGGACGUCAGUGCCGGUAAAGGAGUUGCCGUCGGCGCCGAUGGUCGACGGUACGAGGCAGAUGUUGUCGUCGCUGCGGAUGGCCUGGGCUCCAGGUCGCUCCGCCUCACCAUCGGCGAAAAUGUUCGAGCAGUCAGCACGGGAUACGUGAUUUAUCGCGGAUCGGUUUCUACCAAGGACCUUGAGAACGCUACUGUCCUGAAGGAGUAUCUGCAACAGAAUCCGCGACCGGAAAUUCGAUUGUCCACCGGGCACAACAUCCACAUUGUCCUCACUAUAACCAACGCGGAACCGCGAUGGAGUCUUGGUCAUCCACCGUUCCGGUUGAGCAACUCCUCCAAUCCAUCCCCGAUGGAGUCUUGGUCAUCCACCGUUCCGGUUGAGCAACUCCUCCAAUCCAUCCCCGAUGGAGACAAGUUGGACCCAUUGGUAUUAGACCUCCUUAACCAUCUGCCGGAGAGGGGAGUAAUUGAGUGGAAACUGUGCAUGCGCAACCCGCAGGCAAAGUGGACGUCUCAGGGUGGCCAUGUCGUCCAAGUUGGCGAUAGUGCUCACAGUUUCAUUCCUACAUCAGGAAGCGGAGCCACGAUGGCACUCGAAGAUUCUCUCUCCUUGGCCGAGUGUCUACGACUUGGCGGCAAGAACGACAUUCCCUCCGGGACUAAGGUGCAUGAGCUUCUUAGAAUGCAACGCGUGACCUUGCUACAGCGGCUUGGAAUAGUAGUUCGCAGCCUGCUCCACAGUGAGGACCUCGAGAGCAUCAAACGCGCUCCGAAGAACAUGACGCAGGGGAAGUGGCUCUGGUCUCAUCGUGCGGACGCAUAUGCUACGGCCAAUUACCAGAAGGCAAAGGAGCAUCUUGAAGGGAAAUCGACUUUCGAGAACACCAAUCUGCCCCCGGGGCAUGUACCAGAGCAAUGGACUUUGGAAGGAGAAGUUGAGAGAGAAAAGCAGGGUCGCACUGUUGAUCUGAGAGCCAACGGCGAUUGGAGCAUCAACUGA